GCUAAGUUUUUGACUUAAUGUAGUGGCUUGAUCUUACGUAUCAAAAGUUUGAGCCACUGAGGGGCUGAUAGCCUACCGUACUGUUUCCGUGUUUUCGUGGCAAUAAUUCAAUCAACUCCGUGCUGUCACACUCAAAACGGGUUUAUCUGAAUCGUUCAUUUACAAUACAUAUUCUGGUUGUCUACAUACACUUAUUCCACAAUAACUUGAAUGUAAAAACAAAGCCAGGAUAAAUGUUCCAUUCACGAUACAUUUCAACAGCGGUCAAAAACUGUGUGCCUCUCACGGUGGGCUGCUCACCUGUCCGUGAUUAACUCUUCCUCUACUUGUAACCUUCCCAACACCAAAGUGAAUGUGCCCCCUACUGUCACCACAAGGAACUACCACAGAGCACACAUACAUACUGAACACACAAAUGGCUCUAACAGGCAUUAAAAAUUAAUAUCGAUUUCCAAGUCGAGCAAUUAUACCCACAAACUGAACAUUUUCUCUUUCUCCAAAGAACAUGAAUUCUAAAUUACUAUAAUUAAUUAAUUUGUCUUUUUCUAAUGAGGACUGAAGGACAACAGAUUUACCUUUUCACACUUCAAAGGACAUUUGCUCUGAUUAUCGUCGAUAAGACGAGCAGGCUGCUUUUUUAAAAAUCUAUCACUCCUUUAUUUUAAGCACAAGGUUACCUGAACAUGCUCAUGGUACCUGUUCUUACCUGUUUGAACUUCAGUUAUGCCUGACUGAGGUGCCAGUGUGGACAAGUACAGCAACACUGCAGUGCAUGAAAUGAAAAAGAAACCCACUAUGAACAGGGAACCAGGAAGACAUUGAGACAUGAUGAAACAAUAACGCCACUUCCUGGUUUAAAAAUGUUCAGUGGUCUUGCUUUGUUCAUGUUUUGUUUUUUCACAGCAGAUAUUCAUCAAAUAUAGUUAUAAAUUAAAAAGGUGGUUAUAACCAACCAUUCACGUAAUAAGUUCUGUUUAACUAUUCUGGUCUGAUGAAAAGUUGAAAAAGGUGCUGGCAUUCUCAGCCAGAAGAGGCGGAGGCGACACAUAAGGAGGGGUCUGUGGGGAAAUAUUUUCAACCCUAACCACAAACCAUGUAUCGCAUUAGCAGCAGAAAUCCUCACCUCGUGGACACUUCAGUCAUAUGUUCAAAGAGUCAACAUGGAGGUCUGUGCUCUUAACCUCAGGCUGUUGAUCUGUGUGUUAUUCCUGCUGGGUGCACAUGUUCAAGAUGUGGAUUCACUGAGUCUCCGUCUUGAACCAAACAGACUGCAGUUCUUUGAAUACGAUUCUCUGAUCUUCCAUUAUGAGGGCCUCAUGACUCGACUGAAAAUUGUACAUCGAUCCAAAGGGGAAUUACUCAAAUGUCAAACUACAGUGACAUCAAAAAGGUCAUCCUGCACUAUUCCUAAUGUUCUUCCAGAGGACAGUGGGCAAUACUGGUGUGAGUCCAGAGAUGGGAAGAGAAGCAACAUCAUCCACAUCACUGUUACUGAUGGUCCUGUGAUCCUGGAGAGUCCCAUCAGUGUGGUGGAGGGAGAGGCUGUGACUCUGUGCUGCAGACGCAAGACGACCUUACCCAGUCUCUCAGCUGAUUUCUACAAAGACGCCUGCCGAAUCAGAAGAAGCUCUGCAGGAAACAUGAGCAUCCCCAGUGUUUCCAAACGUGAUGAAGGAUUCUACAAGUGUAUCUCUGGAGGAAGAGAAUCAGCCGAGAGUCUGAUGGCUGUCCAAGAGUCACACCAAGAGAGUCGUGCGUCCUCAGAUCUUUCGUUCAUCAUCUUCAGAAACGUUUUUCCUGUAGUAAUGAUGGCUUUGCUGCUGGUGCUGCUGGGACAGCUCCACUGUGGGAUAACUCCGAGGUAAACCCACAGCUAAACAACAGCACCUCAUGUGCACUCAAAUCGAGAUGGAGCUAUUGAAAUAAAGGAUACGACGGGAUGAACGACAAAGACAGACAUUUUCUCCAAAGUCUUGUUUGGUUGCCAGAAAUGAAGAGCAUCCCAUAAUGCUUCAUUCAGCUGCUCAGCUGCUGUCUUCCAUGUGUUAUAGUGCACCUUGUUCAUUAUAUGUAAUGAUGAUCCACUUAUAUUCAGUGCAUGUUGUGCAAACCAAUGAAAACAUUUUUAAUCAGCUAAAAGAAUCCAAUCCAUAGAAAUGUUUUGAAAUGAGCAGAUCAAAGAAAAUGGCAGCACUUCCUGUUUGACAGGUUUCACAUAUUUAAUUCACUUGUUGGUGAAUGUUCAAGAGAUGUUCGUUCUUCUGAAGAUAUGACAUGAAGAUAUCACAAGUCAAAUAACACUGUGCACAGUUUGUUUCAGUGUCUUUCUAUAUUUAAUAUUCACAUCUGAGACCACGUCUUCUCUAACCCUGACCCACGAGCCGCAACUCAUCUCAGCGUUAUUUAUAGAGCACCUGUCAUACGUAAAGUCUGUGAGCCCAUAAUGUUUGUGUGAACACCGUCACUGUUA